CCGUCCUCCAGAUUCCUUCCUUUCCCCGCAAUUUUUGACAGCCCCUGCUAGCCAGUCUUAUCUGCACGGCCUCAUACUAAUGGAUCGAGCCAAAAGAUUCAAGUGUCAGCAAUGCAAUAGGUCUUAUUCCAAAUUCGAGCACCUCACAAGACAUGAGCGAACUCACACCAACACCAGGCCUUUCCGCUGUGAGGAGUGUGGUAGGAGAUUUGGCCGAGGGGACGUUCUUGGCCGGCACAAGAGGCUCCAUGCUCGUUCCCAAGCCGACGUCUCCUCAGAUGCAAGACGACCAGUAGAUGGUCCUACAGAGGGCCAUUUGCCUAGUCCUAAAGAAUCUGCGCAGAGGAUUUUGGACAUGUCUCCAUUUGAGCACUCAUUGCCUGGAAAUCAAGAGUUGUUGGAACCCGACAAUUUGCUGGAUUGGUUUAUGCCGGAUUUCUGGGACCCGUCAGCCAUUCCCUUACCAUUGACGGACUUCCCUAAUCAGCCGCAGCUGCAAGUAUCCAAUGGUCCGAACCUCCUUUCUACAGAGGAACAGGGCAUUGCUCAGCAAGAGCCUGGAAAGGUAGCCAUGCAGCAGAGCUAUAGGUUGAUAGAAGAUCUAUCCAAACGUCUUAACUCAGAAUUGCAUAGCUCGGGAAUUACGUCUGCAUUUCUCGAUGCUUGCUUGCAGGAAUUCUUGAAGCGGCUGUCUCCAUGUUUUCCUGUUAUACACGAGCCGACGUUUGCAACACGGGAGACCAUUCCUCCACUCCUGUUGAACAUGGUAGCACUAGGGUCUUUAUUUGUGUGCCUACCGGAUUCAGCCCAGAAAGGGGAGAUGCUCUGGCGACUGGGUCAUACCGCCGUAGCGACCUCCUGGCAGACUUUAAGUAGCCUAAGAGGGCCUAGAGAUGCUUGUGACGGUGUCCAGUUGGUCUUGACCGCACUCUUAGGGCAGCUAUAUGCGUUACUCUCAAGCAACGAAAACAUACGGAAGACUGCAUUUGUAUGGCAUGGACUUGGAUUCUACUGGGCACGCACAUCUGGUAUGUACGUCGUGGAAGACAUGCAGCAGGAUCAGAUUCCGGGGCAAGAAGCUUCUCUUCCGAAGAAGCACACGGCAUGGAUGAAAUGGGCCACUGUUGAAACCAGACGACGAGCGAUUCUAGGCCAUUAUAUUCUCGAUGGUUUAAUAUCACAGGCUUCAGGGUCCCCGGCCAGCACACGUCAUCUGAUAAACUCUAUAAAAACGGCGAGCUCCGACGCGGCAUUUCUUGCUAAGACCGCAGAUGACUGGCUCCUGGAGAUGGAGAAGUCAAGCUCUACCCAACACCCCUUUAGCGAAGUCUAUGUCUCUAUAUUCUCACCAGAUCAGACGUUCUCUACACCACCUCUUUCGGGAUUUUCGACCUUUGUUAUCAUCGAGGGCCUACAGUCCCUUGUAUCAGAUCUUCAUGAAACCAGUGGGCCGGUAUUUGGUACAGUCUCUGAAAAGCAGAUUGCCCAAGCCCUGCUUAUUAUCUAUGAUACAGACCUCUCUAAAAGGUCAGCUGUUCAUGAAGAUAAUUUUCAACUCACGCUCCGUUGGCACACCGUUUGCCUCGAACUCGCCGUUUCAUCUGCGUCUCUGUGUACAAGGAUAUGUCGCGCAUAUGGCCUCCAACAACCCCUCGGAGGAAUGGUGAACAAAGAAGAUCAUCUAUUAUUUGACCUAAAGCGGUGGGCUAGCAGCACAAAUGCUGCUCGAGCGAUCCUCCACGCACUAGCCAUCAAUCGGAUUGUCGAUCAGAUUCCGUUCAAAUUAGCUCAUGCACCUCAUAUUCCCGCUGCUAUCUUUGCGUCGGCAAUUGUCAUAGGUGGGUGGUGUCUAGCUCGAGAAGAGACCAUUUAUGUUCAAGAAGAUAUUCAUUGGCACGAUAUCUGGUCUGGUUCAUCUGGCGGCGAUCCCAACAUUAAUCGAUACCUUUAUCACGCGGCUGCUGACGGAAACAAAAUUCAUCUCCUCAAUGAAAUGAACUCUCUUCAAAUCAGUCUUAAGACAAUCACGUCUCGCUGGAGCGUGUCUCACCCAAUGGCGGAAAUAAUUCAACAAAUGGCCACCUUGGCUCGCCAAUAUCAUUAACAGGAAAGGGUGACGGAUCUACCCCAGGUU